AUGUCAUCGGGCGCGUGCAGAGGACGGUCGUUCAGAAGCGAGGCCGAUAUGGGCGGGCACGGCGGGCACGGCGGGGCCGCGGGCCAUGGAGGCGGCAAGACGCGCGGCAAGAAGCUGAAGCAGUUCUCCACGCGGUCGCGGAGCAAGAGCAACGCAAACUUCAAGGGCCUGGUGAGUCUGCACCGGACGUCGAGCCACGACGGGACGUACAGCAGGGGCGAUGGGGAGCCCAGCAACGGCAGCAUGAAGCGGACGCGCAGCUACGACUCGCUGAGUAAGCGCAAGGCGCUGAGCAUGCUGAGCAUGACGGCGUUGGGGCGGACGGAGACGGGCGCGGACGGGCGCGCGGGGCGGGGCGCGCACGGGCGGCUGGUGCUGCAGCUGCACGAGCAGGGCGGGUCCAGCGCGGACGAGGAGGUGGACUACUUCAGCGGGGAGGACCUGCGGGACGGCGGGCGGUGGGGCGCGGGCGACGAGGCGGAGGGCGACGAGGCGGAGGGCGGCGCGGCGCGGGCGGCGCCGGCGCUGCCGGCGCUGCCGGCGCUGCCGGCGCUUCCAGCGCUGCCGGCGGGGGCGGGCGGCAGUACGCAGGGCCUGGGACGCAUGCAGCUGAGCUACAAGGCGCCGUCGAGCCUGCGGAACAAGCAGCUUGACAGCAACGACGAGGACCGGAUAGAGCACAGCAAGGACUAUGGUGCUGGUUACGGGGACUGCGAGGUGAGCAAGGCGCUGCACGCGGGGGAGACCAUUGCGGAGUCUGCGCACAGUCUCCAGCGACAGGGCGCGACGGCGGCCGAGGGCAGAACGGAGUACCCGUCCACGCCGAGGCGGGCAGAGGGCCCAGAGCAAGCGGACCGGACAGGGCGACCCGAACGAACGCCCGAGGCCGACGGCGCGCGGGCUGCAGAGGUUGCAGAACAACCUGGCGAUGGUGGGAAGGCAGGCAAGUCGGCUGUAGAGGCACAGGAAGGGAAUGUGCAUGGCGAUCCAGAUAAGGAUAGCGACCACUAUGCGCCCGAUAUGAUCCUGUCGCAGUCGACCGGGGUUGAGCGGCAUUUUAACCAGACAUUGUCGCGGCAGAAUUCCGUGGCCAGCCACGCCGCAAUGAUAGACAACAGUGCUUACGACACGCAGCAUGCAAACCAUAAUAGGUUUAACUACAUCAACAACGACCUUGCAAGCUCGCUGAAGUCUGGAGAGCUGAAGGCCGAGGAAAAGCCGUCCAAAGACUUCUCCACGUCAAUCUCCAGCUUGACCAGUCAUUUACAAGGCAGGGCGCCAAAUUCGAGGUCUGGAAACCGCACGAAUAAUCUAAUGGCGCUGCGCACAUCGCAGAAUGCGCUGCUUCGCGGCCAGCAGGCAUCAUUCCUCGGAGAACACGGGUUGGGUCAGGGCCAGCAACGGUCUGGCACGCAGGUGCCGCUAAACCAUUUUUCGCAAUUCCUCCAGUCAAACGACCAAAAUAACGAGUCAAGAACACAGCAGAAGCUGUGGCUACAGCGUGAAUCGUCUUUCCUGGAUGUAUCUGCACAGUCGGCGACGGGGUCGGACGCUCUUUUCCUGGCGUCCAACGUGGAGGUUCGCAGAGAAUUUGAAAGGAUCUCCCGAGAAUAUAUGAGCGUUCGGCGCUUUGGUAACCCUCUGAACGAUGCUAUGACAAGGGUAGUUACGCAGCACAAGAUUGACGUCAAGAAACAUAACAAGUCCUCUUCUCCAAUGUAUGACGCAUCCAACGGGUCACUCUUUGGUAGCUACCAAAGAAAUAUGAAAACAUUUGGAGAAUUGCAUCCCGAUAUUCGCAAUCGGGAUAUGGAAAUCCGGCAGAUUCUUACUUCUCUGUGGAAUGAGGGGACUACGGAAUUCAACAAGGACAGUAACCCUCUCAGCCAAAAAGGGCCUUAUCUGCAGCAAAAUCCGAAAGUUGCAGCUGCUCCAAGGUCCCGAACUACCGGUCCGACUCCACACCAUAAUCAACGUCUGAUAAAUUCGCUUCAGCCGACUACGCGAGCCUUUAAUAGAAGAAUGGAGACAGCGUUGAACCAGCAACGGCUGUGA